AUGCCUUUAAUAGAAUUACAAUCAGAAAUUUUUUAUGAUAAGUUGAAAUUUUCUAAUGAAGAAUUAAAUAAAAAUACAGAGGAAUGUAAAUUACUGCAUUUUAUAGACAGGCAAGAUUCAGAAAUUAUAGGUAUUUGUAAAUAUCUUGUAAAAUAUCUAAAAACUAAUUAUAAAAAUGAAAUUGAAGAACAUUUGAAGGAUCAGCAUUGUAACCUUUUGAGCCUUUGGAUAAUUGAACAGUUGAUUGAGAAAUUUCCAGGUGACUAUGAAUCAGAUAUCGAUAAUUGCCUGCGUCUACUAUAUGUAUACCCAUACGAUAACUGGAAAAAGAGUAAGGAUCUUUAUGAGUAUUUUGUCAAUUAUGAUAAAUUUAAUAAAUUAGAUGAUAUUACUGAUGAGCAAUGCAAGGAAUAUGAAGAUUACUUCCAAAAUAAAUCUCCACUCUAUGAUGAAUUUGACACAUUAUAUAUUAAAGCAUUUAAGGAUCAGAAUAAUGUUUUUUAUAGAAAAUGUAAAGAUUACAACCCGAAAAACCCGAUACGUAAAUUAAAAUGUGAAAAAAAAAUUUCAGAACAAGAAAAGUCAAAUGGAGUUUCACCUGAUACUGAUAUAAUAGUUCGUACAGAAUUUUCUGGUAUAAAUCCUAAUUCUACAAAAACAUUUGGCAAUGUGUUCUUGGGAGUAGUUGCAACUUCCAUGAUAUCUGGCUUAUUAUAUAAAGUAAAUCAAAUAUUAAUAAAACAUACGGACUGUAUAAAUUUUUAA